AUGACUACUACUACUACUACUACUACUACUACUACUACUACUACUACUACUACUACUACUACUACUACUACUACUACUACUACUACUACUACUACUACUACUACUACUACUACUACUACUACUACUACUACUACUACUAUUACUACUACUACUACUCACAUCGCUUUUGAUACUACUGCCAUUACUGCCAUCGUUCUUACUAUUAUACUGCAAACAUCAGAACUUGUUUCAAACUUCCCGGAUGAUGUAGAAAGCGGAAUAGCUGAUUUCAGAAAAAAUGAAAUGUCACUACAGGCUACAAUAAGUAAUAAGGUUCGGAAUAGAUCUGAAAGACUUAGAGCAAUCCAAAAAUAUGUGAAUUGUAAAAGUAAACUACAACAUGAAGAAUCUUUCAGUUUAUUUCUCAAAGUCCCUGAUUAUUCAACUCUGAAGAACUGCUUCAUAGAACAAGAAAAGAUUUUAGAAGGACAGAAGUCAAAUAGCAAAAAGAAAGUUUGCAAACCACCUAAGUCAUUCUCUGAACAAGUUAACUACGAAUUCGCUUCGAAAUAUAUUGGGCACACACUAAGUUUAUUACAAAGGAUAUAUAACGACUUGUAA